AUGUCAUUCGGCCUUAAAAACGCUGGGGCCACUUACCAGCGGUUGAUGGAUAAAGUCUUCAAGCAGCAAAUUGGGAGAUGUAUGGAAGUUUACGUUGAUGAUAUGGUUGUAAGAACCCGCACGGUGGAGGAGCAUGCGAAGGACUUGGCAGAAGUGUUUGGACAGGUGCGGGGUUACGGUAUGCGAUUGAAUCCUGCUAAGUGCUCGUUCGGGGUUGCGGCAGGAAAGUUCUUGGGUUUCAUGCUGACUAAACGGGGGAUUGAAGCUAAUCCAGAGAAGUGCCAAGCAGUGUUAGAGAUGAGAAGUCCUCAAAAUUUGAAGGAGGCCGAACGGAUAAGGCCAAUCGUUAAAAUAAUGAAGAAGGAUGUUAAAGGAUUGUGGAACGAUCAGUGCGAAGGUGCAUUUGCGGAAGUGAAGCAGAUACUAACUAGCCCACCUGUCAUGGGGCGACCAGAGAGUGGGCAUGAUUUGCAACUCUAUUUAGCUACGACUGAUGUCACGAUCAGUGUUGCACUGAAUUCUCAAAGAUUCAGAGACAAGGUAUUAGCAGCUGGAGAAGGUAGUGCUGGCAGUAUUGAACGCAGCGCAGCGCUUGAGGCCUUACUUCUAGAUCCACCAGGUGGUGAGUUCGGUUUACGUUAUGAACCACUCGGGUCGGUACGAGGACAACACUUGGCAGAGUUUGCGACGGAACUUCCUAUAGAUGACGGGGAUAACCCAUUCCUCUGGAAACUUUUCGUCGAUGGAUCAACUAGUAAGAGUAGAGGAGGAGCGGGUAUUGUGCUUGAAGGGCCAGACGGUGUGAUAAUUGAACAAUCGUUUAUCUUUAGAUUCAAGAUAAGUAACAACCAAGCUGAGUAUGAGGCCCUGAUAGCAGGUAUGGAGCUUGGUCUUGACUUAGGCGUUAUCUCUUUGGAGUGCUGGACUGAUUUGCAGCUUGUCGAGGGACAUAUAAAUGGAAGCUUCCAAGUAAAAGACGAUCAGUUGCUUCAAUAUUUUCACAGAGCUCAGAGGUUAAGGGAGCGGUUCAAAACAAUAGAGGUGAAGCAUAUACCUCGAGAGGAGAACACUGGAGCGGAUGUGCUGCUAUCCAAAUUAGCCUGCGGGAACGAAAAGGGACAGUUGUCGUUAGUGAUUAGAAGGACCUUGAUGAAACCUAUCAUAGAAUGUUCAGCCACCUUCCAGCCGACUGAGCAAUUUGAUUGGAGAAAGGAAAUCAUAGAGUUAAUCAAGGGGCAGGAGGAAGGGAGACCAAUGAAAGCGAAAGACGCUAAGAGAAUUGCUCUGUAUUUUUUGAUCAGGAAAGAAUUGUACCGAAGAGGCUUCGCAGCUCUGCUAAUGAAGUGUUUAAUGCCGGAGGAAGCGGAAUAUGUUUUAAGGGAAUUACACGAGGGGGUGUGCAGGAGACAUACUGGCCAAAGGGCACUCCAAGCCCGAGUAUUAAGAGUAGGAUACUUCUAG